ACACCCGCUACAAGCGCUACCUUAUGCAGGCCAUUGACCAUUGGCGGAUGGUCCAGGCCCCGGGGAGCAUAUUCGCAACAACGACGACUACGACAAGCGGGGUUCACUGCGCCUAGAACGACUGCGUAGACGACUGCUUUCGCGUGCAGGGAGGCGACUCUCCCCACCCUCGACGCGAUCUACAGCUUCUUUCUAUUCUUAUUUCCUUUGUUCAAGUGGGCCGAGCGACGACGCGACUUGGCGCAACGCUUCAGAAGUCCUGUGUAGGGAGGAGCAAGCGGAGGGAGUGGAUGAGAAGCGAUGGACAGCCUGUUCGGACGCAAGAGGAGAACCCGCCAGGGCACGGGAGGCGAGGCAAGCUAUGGUCUGUCGUCGAGCAGCGGCGCCAACCAGAGCCUGGCCGAGGUCAUUGGCACCAGCUCUGGCUCUGGCGGGCCUCGCAUGAACAUUGGACCGCCCAGUGGCAACCCACAUCUGAGCAGCGGUGGUAAUACCCUCAAUGGCGGCUAUCCGCUCCGGUCGACGGGCUCGGGUAACACUGACGACUUUGGAGCAUCGCCUCCGCGCUCACACAGACGUGCACCCUCGGGCGGCAGCUCCUCGCGGGGUCACGGAGCCACGGACUAUGGACUGCAUUUGGGUCCGAAUGGGAACAGCAAUAAGACAUCCCGCUACACAGGCUCGAGCCAGCACUCGAGCGAAACAGGGUCCGUUCGAUAUCCCACCAUGACGUCCGAGAUUCUCAAUCGCAUGUCAAUAGCAUCGGCCUCGGCAGCCUCAAUCGGCCAGCCUAUGCUGUGGUCGAAUGCAGAGCAGCCUCCGGGCCUGAAUCGCGACUCAACUCAACAUGUCAUUCACCACCAUGUGCCCCACCCAUCGGGCACCCAUCCCAGAUAUUCUGCCGGUGGAGACGAGGGCUUUCACCUCGAGAUGCCCAAGGACGAGGCCGUCAUCGAGAGAAUGUUUGCUGAGCUGAUGAGCAAGAGAGACUUUGUGGGAGCAGCGCCCGCUGGCGGCAACUUUUCCGACGAAUACGAGCAAAAGGCCAAGCAGAAUAUGCUCAACAACUUUACUAUUCAGAAGAAGUGGCAGCUUGUCUACAACGACAAGCUGGCAGAGCACACCAAUCGAGAAAAGGCCGGGUCGAGCGGCCAGGCGGGCACGGCCGUCAUCUCGCGCAAUUCGCCCGAGUUCUACAUCAAGAAGUUCAUGGACGGCACCGUCACGACCAAGCACAUCGAGAGCCUCGCCGUGACCCUCCGGACAUGCGCCAUGGGGUGGAUCCAGAGCUUCGUCGAAGCAAAGGGCACCCCGGUCCUCUCGAGUUUCCUGCUGGGCUUGCAGCAAAAGGGGGGCAGGACCGAGCACGACGUUGCCCUCGAGUACGAGACGCUCAAGGCGUUCCGAUCGCUCUUCAAUAGCAAGCCGGGCGCCAACGACGCCAUGGCCAACAGCAAAUGCAUUGGUGGCAUCGUCCACUCAAUUAUAUCGUCUCAUCUGGCCACGAGAAAGCAGGCGGCCGACAUUCUCCUCUUCUUGUGCCACUGGCAGAGCCCAGCAGGCCAUCGAUUGGUCCUGCGGGGCUUUGAUGGGCUCAAGACCUUUACCGGCGACCACGGCCGCUUCGAUGCGUGGUUCAGGGUGCUGGAACAGACCAUUGAUGGGCGAGGGCAGAUGGGAAGCAAAGUGGGAGCUUCGGACGAGGUCAGAAAGUUGAGCGUAUUGGGCCAGCAGGAGUCGUCGCUCAACGAAUAUGCACUCAACAACAUGUUCCUCAUUAAUGCCAUCCUGGACGCCAACAUCGCCACCGAAUUCGAGGUUCGGGUGCACCUCAGGAACCAGAUGGAGGCCAGCGGCCUGCAGCGCAUCCUCAUCAAGAUGCGUGCCUUCAAGAAUCCGGACCUGGACAAGCAGAUCCUAGUCUUUGAGCGUGGCGCCGAGGCAGAUCACGAAGACGUGGUCGAGUCCUUCAACAAGGACGUCUUGACCGACAUGAGCGAUCCCGUCGACGUCUUCAAAGCCAUCGUCGAAAAAGUGUCUGGCUCGAGGGCAUACGACUUCUUCCUGUCUGCCCUCCAGCACUUUCUCUUGAUUCGACAGGAGGGCGACUCGCUCGUGCACUACUACCAGCUCAUCGACUCGCUCGUCACGUCGGUCGUCAUGGACCGGAAGGGCGCAGUCGAAGGGUCGGACAUGACAUCGCUCCUCGGCACUUCGGUCAACAACGUCUUGGCUCGUUUCUCUGACCAGGAUGAGAUGAACCGGAUCAAGGAGGAGCUCAAGGAGAGCCGGCUGCAAACGCGAAUGGCCGAGCAGGAGAGAAGACGGCUCGAGGCCCAGGUGGGCGAAGCGAGCGAAGGGCUGGUGGGCAAGCUGCAACAACAGCUUGCCGACCUCGAAGAGGACCUCGAUGUUGCGAGAGGGAAUACCAAUGCGACACAGCGAGAGAUGGAGGACCUCGAGAAGGGCUACAUCGAUCGUGUCGUCGCUCUCGAGGUGCAGAUCCGGGAGCUAUACGAAAUGCUGCGAGAAGCACAGGGCAACGCCGAGAUGCUCUCUGCCAAUCGUGGCAACAUGGACCGCCAGCAGCUGGUCGACGCGCUCGAGCGGCAGAUGGAGCGGGCGAGGACGAUCCGAAAGCUUGAGGCUAAUGCGCCCAAGAAAGGCCAAAAGCCGGGACAGGAGAUUCAAGAGGAGGAUGACACCGAAGCUGCAGACGAGACCAUUACCCAAGAGGAAAGCGAGGAAGAGCAAAGGAAGCGCAUCUCCACCCAGGUCAGACGCAAGUCGCGCUCCUCAAAGGCGCACCGACCGUCACAACUGGCUGCCUCGGACCAGGAGACCGAGUCGGACUCGGAUCUGGAUCCUACGAGUGAAGCCGCAAAGUGGAAGAUCCAAGCGACGCUGGCCGCUGGAAUGGCCAAGAACACCGAGCUGCAGAGCCGCAUGACUGAUGCCAGGCAGACGAGGCGGCGAAAAGCACAGGACGGCGAGUCGCCCUCCGAGGUUGAUGACGCGUCGGGCGCUCCCCCACCGCCGCCACCGCCACCACCACCCCCUGUCGCCGAUGGUCCUCCUACGUUCCUGGACGAGAUCCGAAAGAGGAGGGAUCUGUCUACUUCGACGAGUAAUCCCCGGGGCGUACAGGGAGACAUGGGACCGCCACCGCCCCCUCCUCCUCCUCCUCCACCGCCUCCACCAGGGCCAGGAGGAGCCAUGGGCGCCCCGCCGCCACCGCCGCCGCCACCACCACCACCACCUCCUCCUCCUAUGUCUGCUGGCCUGGCUCGCGGAUCGGCUUUCUCAUCGGCGUCAUCAUCAAGACCGCCAUCGGAUGUUGCGACGCCUCCUCCCCCUCCACCACCGCCGGCCCCUGGCUCGGCUGGAUUCAUGUCAGCCACGCCAGCGACGCCACAGUCCUUUGCGCGGCUCCAGCAGGGCCAGGAUGCCACGCCAUCGCGGGACUCGAUGCUCGACGUCCGCAACAGCUUUGGUAGCCACAUUGGACCAGCGGGGCCUACGCAUGCGCCGCCUGCGCCGCCGAUGGGCUUCGUCCCAACGACCAUGUCGACGCGCAAGGAAGUCCUGGAGCAGGCAAAGGGCCGCAUGAAGCAGCUGCAGUGGGACAAGCUGACGCCUCAACAUGCAGCCGAGACGGUCUGGGGCCACAAUCUUGCCAACGAAGAGGAAGUGGUGAGGUUGCUCAAAGAAGGGGGCAUGUUCGAAGAGAUGGAAGAGGACUUUAAGGCGAAGCAGGCGGCCAAGCGGGUCACUGCAGCGGCAAAGAAGGACAAGGUCGAGUUCAAGACGCACCUCAGCCUGCAGACGAGGCAAGGCAUCGAGAUGGUCCUUCGCCGUGUCAAGAGCAGCCUCACGGGCGCCAAGCACGCCACGCCAGAAGAGGUGGCCCACCACAUUGUCAACUGCAACGAGGCCGUGCUGGACCAGAGCUUCCUCACCGAGCUCCUGCGCCACUACCCCGAGAGCGAGACAAAGGGUCAGCUGGGCGAGUACCGAAAUGCGUCCGACGAGGAACUCCGGCUGUUGCACCCUGCCGACCGGCUGGUGGUGCUGCUCAUGACGGUGCCACAUCUCAAGGAGAAGGUCAAGGGCCUGCUCUACAUGACAAAGUACAAGGAAGCAUACGACCUCGUCAAGGAAGGGUCCACCAAGAUCCGAGAGGGUUCCGAGGAUUUGGUGAAGGCGCAGAGCUUCGCGAAACUCCUGGGUCUCAUUCUCAUGAUGGGCAACUUCCUCAACUCGACGGGUGUCCAAGGUGGCGCCUUUGGGUUCAAGAUCAGCAGCAUUAACAAGCUCGUCGACACAAAGGCCUCGGACGGCACCACGCUGCUCCACUUUGUCGAGCGGUCGAUCAACAAGUGCUUCCCCGAGACGGAAGCCUUUCUCGACGAGCUCGAGAGGCCGAGCGAAGCCUGCCGUGUUCAGCUGCUGGACCUCAAGCGAGACCUUGCCGAGCUCAAGUCUGGGUCGACUCAGCACAAAAAGGAACUCGAUAGAUUCCUCGAUGAGUCCGAGGACCGCCUCGAAGAUCCUUACACGAAGCUCAUGCUGCCCUUCCUCAACGAGACGCACAACGAACUGUCUCGAUUGUCGGACCAGGUUCAGUUCACCGAGCGGACCUAUGUCGAUGCGCUGCGUUACUUUGGCGAGGGCCCUGCCCCGCACCGCCGAGGCUUCCCGGCCCAGCAGCCCAUGCGCACCGAGGACUUCUUUGGCAUCUUUCGGGAAUUCCAGACGGCCUACCGCAAGGUCAAGGUCGACAAUGUCAAACUUGCUGAGCAAAGAGCGGCCGAAGCCAAGAGGAGAGCCAUUGCCGAGGAGAGGGAGAAGGACAGGCUCGAGGCACUGGCGAGAAAGGAGGCGGGCGUCGACGACAGCGCCGUCCUCGAGACGCUGCUGGGCAACUUGCGAAAGGGCGGCGGGACGCCAAAGGGCAAACGGAAAGCGAGAGAGAGGGAGAGGGGAGCUGCUGGUCGAGCAAGGGCCAGCGCGUCAGGGUCUGCCUCGGGCCACGCAGCGGCGGAGCUGUCGAACAUCUCGGGCGAUGCAAGCGGAGGCAGUGGUCUUGCUGGUAGCCUCGACGGUGAAACCUCGGCUACUUCGGCAACAGGCCACGAGAGCAUGGGCGCUGCGGCUGACGAAACGCCCUCGGACAAGGCAGCGGCGAUGCUGGCAAAACUGCAAGGAGGAGGUGCCGCUAGCGGUACGCCUUCCUCGGCGACACGCGAGAGCCGGACUACGCGUCGUCGAGAGCGCCGGACGACGGGCGGCCAUGACAGCGUCGGAACCGCACGAGACAGCAUCACGAGUGGCCGUACGAGCCUACGAGAUGCGCGCCUGUCAACGGCUACUGGAUUCUCCGUGACCGACGCUGAGCCUGCGCCAGUCAAAGAGGUGGCGGAGGAAGAAGAGGAAGAGAAGGAGCACGGAGAGGUGCCCAACGUAGAUGUCGACGCUGGCAACGGACACGACCGUGAUGACGGCGCGCAGCCGGAUCACGAUCAGGCGCACCGGCGGUGGGCAUCAAGCACCACCUCGUCGUCGGACUAUGGCGAGGAGGAAGAGGAGCCAUCGCCAGCCACUGGAUCCUAUUCCCCGCCGCUGCCUGCCGCUGAGAGGGUUUCGCGGAUGUCUGUCUAUGAAUCAGCAGCCUUGAGCAACUCCAAUGACGAGAAGCUCCUCGAGGCUGACGAGUCGGCAGGCAUUGAGGGCACCGAGUGGUUCGACCCAGACGCAAGCGGCUUCACGACUGGGAGCGCGCAGUAGAAAGGAGUUGUAGACUUUAAAAGACUUUUUUUGUGUUGUUCCUCUCUCACUCAUGUUUUCUUUGUAUGACCAUUCAUCUCUUUUCUCUUCUCAUUCUCUUCAUUCUCUCUCUUUCUCGUGCAUUUCUCAUCGCCUAUUCAGUGACUGGAUGUCCUUUACACCUCAUUGCGCAUUUUCUCUGGCUUUUGAAAGAUGAUGAUGCACACAAUGGACAAUUUGAAGAGUC